CACCUUACGAUGCUCUUGAGGUGCCACUGUUCGGUGGCGCUUGGUCGCCAACGCCCUUUUAUAGUCUACAAUUCUGAGUCAUGGGCCUUUGCUACAGAUCCAAUGUCCUUCCAACAGGUUAUGAGCCCCAAAAGCACACCUGCAGCCUGCUACGCCCCGACGACGUAUUCUGCCACUCUUCCGCUCGUGCAUUGUCACUCCUCGACGCGACCUUCAGAUCACACCUCUGAUUCUGGCGAAUCAUUCGACUGCAAUGGAGAGAGGUUUCUGCACACCGCAGCUCGAACUGGACAUCUUAGUAUCGCCAGCAGGCGCCUUGAGCGUGGUGCCUCUUGCGCCGCGCACAGCAAGAGAACA